CGAAGAUCCGCUCGGAACGCCACGCAUGCGUGUGCACACGCGCGCCUAAUCACGAAUCAUCGUCAGCACAUUAAAAACAUAAAGGUGAAUUGAAUUCUAAAUAGAUGUCAGCCUCCUGAAUAGAUGAAUUUAAAUUUAUCGUUUUACACACAUAGAUAGAACAGUAUUGAACUGUAUAGUCAGCUGUACAUUUUUUAUCUCAAUAGUUAGGUAACAAAUGUGGAUAAAAAAUUCAUUUUAGUAUAUUUUUUGCUAGCGUAUCACCGGUAAAUAGUAAAUUAUGUAUACACGUGCAGAAUCAGCAUGAAAUAUUCAGUACCUCGGAUUAUCUUCGAAAAAUUACUCGUGAGAAAAAAAGCAAUUAAAAUAUUUUUUGUCAAUAAAUUUUAUCCUCUAAUUUAAUUUGCGCCCGCUUUCGGACGUUCUCGUAACUUGAAUGCAGUUCAGCCACGCCGUCUGAUGCACCGUAUAUAUGUGCGCAUUGAAUUCACACUCGUAGUCAUCGUUCGUCUUCGCUGGUAAUAACUGCAGAAUUACUCGGAUGCGCGCGCAUCGAGGAUAAAUUCCUUUCACUGCACUUUCGAAACGGCAUCUCUGUCGCAGCGACUUUCGUUUCGACGAAGCGUUAAUAAUUCGUAGCCAAUUUCGGCGUGAUCAUACGAGAAACGAAGAAAGUACGUCCUUUUCACGCGUGAAAAUGUUUUUUUCCAAAGUAUGUAAACGUAUGAAACGCAAUAAUGUCAUGUUUUUUGACACGUGAAUUUCGCGCGUCACUUCUUCGAAGGUCAUUUGUGUAUCACACGAGAUGGACUGAGUGAGAAAAAGUAAGCCGUACGAAAUAGAGAGAGACAAACGAUCACAAUAUCCCGUAAAGUAUACGCAAAAGUCCACAUUCGUAAAUUUCACCUCGUGUUUGUCGUGCCGUAACAUCAACCUCGGUGACAUGAACAAACUGACAAGUCAAGAUGAGGCCCACAUGACAACGCCUGAACUAAUUAAAGCACAUGGCUACAUAGCUGAAACUCAUCAAAUUUGGACAGAAGACGAUUAUUGUCUGAAUGUGCAUCGUGUGCUUCCACCGAAUGAUCAAAUGCCAUCGAUGUUAUUAAAUAUUGAUGCCCCACACGCUAUCAUAGAUACCAAGACAACAAUUAUUAAUGAUAACAAAAAUAGUGACUUGUCAGCUUCCUCCAAUUGUCACAGAGUCUUGGAAACUCUUGAAUCUUGUAGUACAAAUAAUUCAAAAUUACCAGUUAUUAUAAGCCAUGGGCUCAUAUCAAGUUCUGCAGAUUGGGUGCUGUUAGGACCUCACAAAGCUCUCGCAUACACUCUUUGUGACAAUGGAUUCGAUGUUUGGCUCGCAAAUGCUCGUGGAAAUACCUAUUCCAAGUGUCACAAAUAUUACUCAACUAAAGAUAGAGAAUUUUGGAAUUUUAGCUGGCACGAGAUUGGAUACUACGAUAUACCAGCGAUGAUAGAUUAUGUCUUAGAGAAAACUGGUCAUUCCCAAUUAUAUUACAUCGGCCACAGUCAGGGUACAACCGCGUUCUAUGUUAUGGGAAGCGAAAGGCCAGAAUACAACGCUAAAGUCAAGACAAUGAUCAGUUUGGCGCCUAUAGCAUUCUUAUCAAAUCAAAGAAGCCCCCUUUUGAAAUUGAUCGUACAUUUUUAUAGUUUAAUGGAGUGGGGAUCCCAUAUUUGUAACAUACAUGAAUGGUUUCCUCGUAACAAGUGGCAAACGCGUAUAAUGAGCACCUUCAUGCGCAAUGCUCCUUGCAUGGUGACAAAAGGUUUCUGCAGUUGUUGGUUUUAUCUUAUCGCCGGAUUUGGUAGUGAUCAGCUCGAUAAAUCCAUGUUGCCUUUAAUAUUCGGACAUUUCCCAGCAGGCAGUUCAACAAAACAAAUAAUUCAUUACAGUCAGAUAAUAAUCUCUGAAUCUUUUCGGAAGUUUGAUUAUGGCUCUAAAGAAAAUCUGGCGCUCUAUGGAUCCACUCAACCACCUAAAUAUAGACUUGAAAGAAUAAAAGUACCUAUAGCGAUCUUUUAUAGCGAGAAUGAUUUUUUGGCUGAUUAUGCCGAUAUUCAAAAACUAGUUACUAGAUUACCAAAUGUUAUACAAGUUAAAAAGAUAGCGUAUGAAAAAUUUAAUCACAUUGAUUAUCUUUGGGGUCGUGAUGCGAGGACAUUUCUAUACAACAGUAUUGUCGCUAUAUUAAAGAAAUUUUAAUAAUGAUAUUAUAAUAAUGUUUAUAAAAAUAUGAUUUGUUUGCAUGAACACAAAAAUCAAGUCAAAAAUAUCGUUUACAAUAUAUAUUGGUUAUCGAUGGAAAUUAUAGCUAAUAUAAUUUUAUCAUAAGGAAACGAUGCCAAGAAAAAGCAGUAAAACAUGAAUUUUAAAAAAUAAAAAAUGAUGCACUGUUUAAAAACAAUUUUUUAUAUUUAAACAUGGAAUUGUUUA